UUCCACAGUCCCUCCGAGAAGCAGAAGCCAUGAGCUCUCUAGGCGGACCCGGAGCGCAUUCGUGCGGCGAUAGAAAGUCGUGAACGCGGGUUCGGGGUUCCAGACCGACCCGGAAGUUGUGGAGUAGCAGAAUAUGGGUCAGAGCGCCGUGUCUCAGACAGCAGGCGUUGAUGGCUUGGAGAAAUCGUCAUCACUGGCCAGCUGCGACGUGGUGGUGGAUGGAGGCAGUGAAACCCAGAAUGUCCCCCGCCAGCAGCGAGGGAAGCUGUCUUCUUUAGGAAAACUGUUCAAACCAUGGAAGUGGAGGAAAAAGAAGACCAGUGACAAGUUCCAAGAUCUUUCCAAAGUUCUUGAAAGAAAGAUCUCCACCAGACAGACGAGGGAAGAGUUGAUCAAGAAAGGGGUUCUCAUCCCCGAUCAAGAUGAGACGGUCAGCAGUGAGAACCUGAAUGGCCACGCUACGUCUGCUGUGGCAUCUGAGCAGGUCAAAGUGGAUAUAGAAUCCACAGAGAAGCAACUGGAAGAUCCUGCGCCGGCUCACAUCAACACCGAAGAGAAAACAGCAGCCAAGACCUCGAAUGCUAAGAAAACAGGGAGCGCCGCUAAGCCCACCUCCUCCUCGGCGAUCUCUGCCGCCCGGUCUCGUGCGGCAAAGAGCUCGGGAAAUUCAGCACAGGCGAACGGGACUCACACAAAGGCGAGCCAGAAGGCCGACCCUCUAACGCCUGCUCAAAAGACUUCAGCAGAGACACCCACUCAAUCGAGUGAGGCAAAGUCCUCACCAGUUCCCUCAAAGAAGAGGUCUUCUAAAGCCACGGGGUGUGAGGUGAAUGGGAUUCUCAAAGCUGCGUCACAGUACGGACCUGAUAAAUCAGACGAGACAGUGGGUGAGGAGGACACAGAGAGGGAGCAGAGCGUGUCCUCUCCACAUAUCAAUGCUACCACGGAGGACACAUCAUUCACAGAGGGUGCAGAUGACAGCAGCUUGGUGCAGGAGAGGACAGCGGGGGAGGACGAAGACAAGGACCAAAAGAAGCAAGAGUCUCCCGUGGAGACCAGCUCAAGUUCAGCCGAUGAACUUCCUGCUGUGAAGCCUCAAGGUCACAGUGUCAAAACCGACCAGGUCCAGGUGACGGUGAUCCCAGACCAGCCGAGAGACAGCCAGACGAGCGACUCCGACUCUGACGGACCCAUUCUGUAUCGCGACGAUGAUGAGGAAGAAGAAGACGACGAGUACCUGAACAGUUCUCUGGCCAGCAAGAUCCGCCGGCGAGACACCCUGAACAUCAAGCUUGGAAACCGGCCCAGCAAGAAAGAGCUGGAGGAGAAAAACAUUCUGCCGCGGAGCUCGGAGACGGAGCGGCACGAGCUGCGGCAGCAAAUCGGCAGCAAGCUCGUCAGGCGCUUGAGCCAGAGACCGACCACGGAGGAGCUGGAGCAGAGGAACAUCCUCAAGCAGAAGAAUGAAGCGGAGGAGCAGGAGGCCAAACAGGAGAUUAAGCGCAGACUCUCCAGAAAGCUUAGUGUUCGGCCGACUGUCGCUGAGCUCGUCGCUCGCCGCAUUCUGAGAUUUAAUGAGUACGUGGAAGUAACGGACGCCAAGGAUUACGACCGACGGGCCGACAAGCCCUGGACACGACUGACCCCUGCUGACAAGGCUGCCAUCCGGAAGGAGCUGAACGAGUUCAAGAGCAGGGAGAUGGAAGUUCACGAGGACAGCAAGCAGUUCACCAGAUUUCACCGGCCCUGACUCCACCUACAGUCACCUGGAACACCAUCCGCUGGCCCCACUUUUCUAUGUAUACUGUACGUACUCACGUCUAUAGCAGGAGCCAGGGCCGAUCUUGGUGCGGGUCGGAACCACCGGAGCCACCGGCGAUGAACAUUUGCACAUUAUUUAUUUACUGAAAAGCCAGAACCGUCUGGUCGUGUUGUUUUUAUAAAUAGUUUUGGUUGCUAUGCGAGAUUUCCUGCAACAGACUUUCACGUGCUGUAGCUUGAACCCUUAUAGAGGUAUUAUCAUAAACUGCCAUAUAAGGGCUUCCUGCGGAAACAGGAAGUAGGCCUGGUUUAUCAAAGCGCUCUUCAGUGCCUCCGUUUUGGUUUUGUAAUUCAAUGCGUUGCCACCAGAGGGCGCUCAGUCAUAGGGAUUUGCAGGGCGAUUUCCGUGUUGAACAGUGAAGUGAGAGGUGAAGGAGCUCUGAUCCCGCCAGAGGAAAACCGAGCUCAUUCAUUCAUGCCGGCCUUGAGAACUCUUGAAAUGGCUGAGCUUGCUUUUUGAAAGAGCCUCUCCAAAAAUGCUGGGUGCCAAAGAAGACAUGGGAUCUUGUGGUGUGAUGAAUUCAUUUUAAAAUUAUGUCCAUUUCCAAAAAAAUUUAUCAGUUCACCGGACGCUGCACUUUGAAUACAGGACUGUUUUUCACAGCUCAGAUGAGGCGCCUCUGCUGGAAAAAGAAAACUUGCUGCCACUUCGCUAACUUCUUGAGCUUUCAUUUUAGACUUGAGUCAGAGAAACUUUUAAACUUUUUUUCCCCUUUUGCAUUAAAUAUAAAUGCCUGGCUGCACAUGAUUUGCCUUCUAUUUUUGAACAUGUGUCUGCCUCUGAUCUGAGAGUUGCUUCGUGACCACCUGCCUUUUAUUGUCUCUUCUCCUUGAUACUCUUGUCUGCUGAGGUCAGUUCCAGACAAGUGUGGUAUUCCAUAUCGAUUAAAUGUCAUCGUAUAAUUCCGGCCAAAAUACCAAAACAAUGAUGCCUAAACAUGUGACUGAUGACACAUCACAAAACAUGAAUUCAUGAAUAAUGAAUUAAUGUGCCACAACUGUUGAUGUAUGUAGCAGCAACAAGGUGUGUAAGGUGAUGACACUGACUUAGUAAUAUAUAGAUAAAUAUAUAAUAAUAAUUUUACAAACAUUUCAUGCCAAAAUGAAUAUCUAUUAUUUUUAAAGCUCGUUUUUGCAUUUGUGCACAUCAAAUCAAGCUUUAUUUAUUUUACUGAAUUUUAGAAUACUCAUGUUUGAUAUUAGAGUAAUGGAUUGAAUGUAAUAAUUAUAAUUCAUGUCAGAAGUCACAGACACACAUUUUUGGUUUGUUGUUACUCAAUGAAUCUCAUUCUUCCUUAGGAGAAAAUAGUUUUUUGACGCGCCUUGUUUGUUGGACAGUAGUGAUUGUUGUGGUUGCAAUCCCGCUUUGAGACCAAUAGGGGCGCUCGUGCUCCAUUCCGUCGUUCCAAACCGGCAUCUGAAAGAGCGCAUCUAUGGUUCCAGCUACAAAAUGGGACCCGAGAGUUUAUCAGACGGGUGGUCGUAACGAUUUGUGUUAAAUGUGAAGUAGGAUAAAUAUAUGCUGAUUCAUGUCUGAAAAUGCUUCUGUUUUGGCUGACAGUGUGACUGAGAGCUGCUGAAAAUGAGUGAAAUCAGUAGCCAAAAGUGUUCAUUUGGCCACACUUCUCGACCUGUAAAUGACAAACUCACUUAUUACAAUCUCAGCUUAUGUGUCGCUGCUUGUAUCAUAAAAUCAUGUACAGUAAAAAAAAACAGUAUUCGAUCAUUUCAUUGUUGUAUAUUGAACUUAUUUUGUACAGACUGUAAAAGACGCAUGUGCAUUUAUUCGCACCGUUUUACGGCAACACGUUAUAAAAGAACUGUGAUGUGAAUGUUUUCGCCGAACACCGGUGGUCAAGUGUUGUGUCCGGGCGCCGCCGUUGUCCUCGCCAAAAACAAAUACCAGUUUCAUAAGCACACUAUGAACUAGACAUUACAAGGAUGUAUAUGUUGACAUGAAUACCGUUUUUUCAUAAACGUUGAAAGAGUAA